AUGGCCCGCUCGACAGACGAGUCCGCGGAGGAGCUCUUUGUCGACAAAGAGGGCAUCCCGCAUUGGGACGGCGAGAACAUAGCUCUUCUACGAGAAUACCGCAUGAGGGUGAUGAUUGAGUACAGCACCCAGUCCAGCUCGACAGAUGCUGGCAAGGAGAAGAGGGCGAACUUGGGCUUGCGCUUGACGCGAGGCCUCACCGGCCGCGCGUGGAAGGCGGUGGAGCCCCUGCUGGACGACAUGGCGUCUCUCACCCAGGAAGGCUCGCACCAGAAGAUCAUCGAGGCUCUCGAUGGCUUAGACAAGGUAGCAGUGGUGCGCAAGCAGCAAAAGUUCGACGACUUCUUCAAGAGGUCCCGCCGCCGGCGUGGCCAGGAGAUCGUCGAGUACCUGAGGACGUUCCACAACAAGCACAAGGAGCUGACGGAGCUGGACACCGGGACGAAGCUCAGCGACGACCUCUACGCCUACUUCCUCCUCGAGGGGGCGAUGCUGACGGACGACCAGAAGAGGCUGGUCACGAUGGUGGCGGACAACAAGUAUGAGACAAAGGCUUUCGAGAACACACUGAAGACGAACUACCACGACCUCCACCUGCAGGAGAAGACCUCCCGGCUGCCACAGCCUCAUCCUCACGGACGCUCGAAGGGUGGAGGCAAAGGCGGCAAGGACAAGUCCAAGAAGCAGACGAGGGUGUACUACACCGAGGUUCGGGACCUCCAGAGGAAGCGCGGCUUCUUCAAGGCAGAGGGCGCGCUGACGUUCGAGGAGCGCAAGGCGGAGAUCGCGAAGGUCAAGCAGCGCACGCACUGCGGGGCGUGCGGCAAGAUCGGCAACUGGGCCGGGGACCCAGAGUGCCCCAUGGGACCGAAGAGGCCGAAGCCGUCGGCGAAGCCUAAGAGUCGAGCUGACCCGCGUGGCCGAGCAGCGGCGUUGGGUCGCCCAGCCUGGAGCAGCCCGGCGGCCUCGGGCAGCAGCCCACGCCCGACGAGCAGUACUAGUGCCAAGAAGCGGAGAGAUGCGACGCUCUUCGUGCUGGACGACGUCGAGUACGACUCGGCCUUCUUCGUCGGCUCGGACCGCGGCUCCGACAUCGGCUCCUUCAAGCUCGUGGGCAGCGACAUCGGCGACAGUGCGAGCGUGGUCAGCGACGGCCUCAGCACGACUCUCCCGACGAUGAAGGACGACGAGGUGUUGCCAUGCCCGAAGUGCUCCAAGGCUCUGGUGGCUCGCCAGAACCAUCGGACGGGCGGCUGGUUCUUCGGAUGCAGCCAGUUCCCGAGCUGCAAGGGCACGCUGAACUACAACGAGGGCGAGCAGAGGCUGCGCGAGGCCCCUCACGGGCGCCACGAGCGCCCAGUACCUGGGGAAGGAGUUUUGGAGAUAGUGCUUAUGGUGAGUGAAGACAGUGACACGUCUGACGUACCAGUGGCGCUCAUCGACACCGGUUGCACAAGAUGCAUGCACGGCAAGCACUGGCGGGAGCUGUUCGAGAGGAGGUGCCUGCACCCCCGUGGCCUCGAGAUCAAGAUGACGGACCGCGUGAGGAGCUUCUCUUCGGCCUUCGGCAAGAAGCAGGAGGGGCGCGUGGUCGAGAUCCCGGUCGCCUUGGGCGGCCGCCGCGGGGUGAUCUUCAGCACGGAGAUGGACGACUGCGACACCCCGCUCCUGGUCAGCCUGGCGUCGCAGGAGGCGCUGGGUGCCGUGCUUCACCUGAGGGAGAUGCGGAUGGAGCUGCAGACGCUCGCCGUGGACGUGCAGCUGAUCAAGGUGGGCGGUCACUUGGCAGUGAAUCGGGACUCGGAGUUCUUCUACGCGCAGUCACAGAAGGAGUCGGCCUUCGAGGAGUCCGACGGCGAGGAGAUCCGAGUCGAGGAGGAGGUUGGCCACGCCUUCCUGUCGAAGGAUCGCGGUGUGCUGGCCACCGACGCGACAGGGAUCCUCUCCAAGACGACUCGGAAGAAGCUCGAGUCCGCCUGGCGUGGGCUUCGUGGAGAGGAUCGUCGACUACGGGAAGAGCUACUUCGACCAAGGUUCGAGGCGGAGCGUUUCGUGACUGCCGACUUCCAGACCACGGUGGUGUUCGAGCCGUUCGGCGGAGAGCACAUCCUGACGCGCUACGGUGCGAAGGAGUAUGGAUGGAUGCAGUCUCAGCCGUUGGAUGUGGACCACUCUCCCGACUGCGAUUUGCUCAAAGGACGGUAUUUCUUGAUAGAGCAGCCUUUGACAGCACUUUCUUGGGAGUAUGACGGCAUCCUGAUACGUUUAUGGGAUUUGGAAGGUGUUGUCUUUGUGCGUGGAGAUCAAUGUGCCUACGGAGCCUGCGACAGGGACACGGGCAAGCUGAUCAAGAAGCCGACAGGGUGGCUCACGAACAGCGCAGCGGUGGCGAACCAGCUGAGCAGGCGCUGUGCCUGUCCGCCCGGCGCUCACCAGCAGCUGCUCGGGAGGAACUCGGGCGGCUAUCGGGCGCAGCAGGCGGCGGCCUACCCCGUGGGCCUCGCGAAGGCCUUCUGUCGCGGAGUGCUCCAGCAGAUGCAGAUCGACUACCGCAGCUCGCUGGUCAUGGAUGCGGCCUUCCCUGUGGAGGAUGCUUUCCCGCACGAGCGUCCGCGAUCGCGGACCCCGCCGCGAGGAGAGCCCGUGCCGGAGGAGGCACACCAGGAGGGCCCGCCUCUCGGAGAGGACGCGCCGCCCGCCGAGGCGGCAGCGGAGGCCCCCGAGGCACCGGCCGAGGUGCCCGCGAGGCCCAGGCGCGGCCGAGCGCCUGCUCGACGCGAGCGCGGAGUGCCUCCUGGCGGACGUCCGCUGGGCUUCCGCCGGGGACGACGUACACAGUACGGCGAGUUCGAGCUGCUGACGGUAGAGCUGCGCGCCGAGCUGGACACGUUCCGGAGUUGGCAUGGACGACUACUGGAGAAGAUGGGCGAGGAUAUCGAGACGAUCAUCUGGGGCUCGGACCUCUUCCUGGAGGAGCUGGGAGGAGUCAUCAGCGAGCCGCUGAAGAUGGUGAAGGCUAGACGCGGGGGUCAGCGGCUCCAGACGGCGCAGCCACAGCUGCACGCCGCGGACGCCCCGCUCAGGAUGGUCACGACACUCAAGGGCGACCAGCUCUUCAGGCUGGACUUCGAGGACUGGUCGCAACAGUCACUGCAAGCAAGACGGCGCUGGCUGCCACGACACUUACUCGAGAACGACGUGGUGGUCUUCUACUUCGCGGGCUACGAGCGGGGCGACCUGCCCGAGGGGCCGGCUGCAGCACAGCAGCGGGACGCCUCACGGGAGAGGAAGCGACGUUGGGAGCUGUUGCCGAGGGCCGUCAAGAGGGCGAUCGAGCGGGUGCACGUGAACCUCGGGCACCCCUCACGGCCGGCGCUGCUCAGGGCGCUGCGCCUGGGCAAGGCGACGGCGGUGGCGCUGAGGGCAGCAAGGUUGUUUGUUUGCGAGAGCUGCCGGCGAGUGCAGCGACCCAGCAUCCCACGUCCGAGUCAGCUUCCGAGGGUCGACGAGUUUAACGUGCUGCUCGCGAUGGACUGCUUCGAGAAUGUCGACAGCGCCGGCAACAACUGGGAGUUCCUUGGCAUCAUGUGUAUGGGGACAAACUUUCACGUGGUUUGCCUGCUGGAGGACACUCACAAGAACCCCAAGGCCUCGGAGGUCAGGAAGUUCUACGAGCUCUGCUGGGUCUCCUGGGCUGGCCAGCCGGAGGAGGCGAUCAUGGUGGACCGCGCGCGGUCCUUCCUGGGCGAGUUCGCGGACUACCUGGAGCAGGAGGGCGUGCGCCUGGACUCGGCCGCGCUGGCCUCGCCGUGGCACAUCGGCAAGAUGGAGCGCCACGACGGCAUCUGGAACUCGAUGCUCACGAGAGUGGUGCACGACAAGCAGGUGGCGGGCCUUGAGGAGAUGAGGACGGCAGUGACGGAGUGCAACAGGGCCAAGAACACUCUGGCCCGGCGGGCUGGUUUCAGCCCCUACCUCUGGGUCCUUGGCCGGGAUGUCCGACUCCCGGCGAGCCUCGCAGAUGACGCCGAGGUGGAGCGUGUGGGCGAGCAGGUGGCAGCUGCUACGCCGGGCUCACGCUUUGCCCGCAAGGUGGAGAUCAGGACUCAGUGCAGGAUGGCUUUCAUCCAGACCGACACGGAGGACCGACUUCGACGAGCAGAGCUUCGACAGAUACGACCUACGAGAGGGCCGUUCGUUGUUGGCCAGUGGGUACUUUUCUACGACCAAGCGCAGCCAGUCAAGCAUCGACCCGAGCAUCCAGACAACUGGCGAGGGCUGGCGCGCGUGAUCGGACAUGAGGGACGGCAUGGAGUGUGGCUCGCUUUCCGUGGCCUUACCGUGCUCGCGAGCCCGGAGCACCUGGCUGCAGCGACCGGCCACGAGAUCCACGCCUGGAGAUCGAUUGCACAGGAGCAGGAGUUGGUGCACGACGCGCCCGUCAGUGGCGGCAGCGGCUUCGUGGACUUGCGAGGUCGGCCCAGGCCCCCCGCCGCAGCGGGGCAGGAGCCCGCUGAGCAGGGCGACGAGAGCGGCAUGGACGUCGGGCCGCAGGCAGGGGCGCCGGAGGAGCCGCAGCCCGCCCCGGCUCCGCCUGAGCCGGAGGCGCCUCAGGCCCCGCCUGCGGCGGAGGCUCCUCGCGCGGCCCCCGCCGCGCCCGAGCCGCCCGCGGCGCCAGCCCCGGCGGUGGGGGCUGAGGACGUGCCCGUGCCGCCCGACCUGGACUUCGACGCGAUGGAGUUCGACGCAGCGAUGCAGGACAUCAUGAGAGAUGACGGCGACGAUGACUGGCACCCUGACUCUCACGGGGUGCAGACGGAGCCCGAGCCGGAGGCCUCUCGGCAUCGGCGUCCUGGGAAUCUCCUGGAGGUAGAGGAGACUGAGGAGCGCCGCGAGCGGGAGGCCAAGCGACGGCGCCUGCUGGACGACGUCCCUGUCUCGAUCCGACAGGGGACUGCAGGAUCCAGCCUCCCGGCGCCUGCCGACUCGGCGAAGUUCGUGCUGGACAACGACCUGGAGGAGUUCAUGGAGGCCGGCUUCGAGACUUACCAGCAGGAUGAGGCCUUCUUUGUCCAGGAGGGCAUCGGCAAGGAGGAGUUCAUCUUCGGGCUGAUGCGGAAUGAUUUCGAGCACGCUUUUCUGACGAAGAAGCCUGGUAGGAAGGAGAUCAAGCUCGGCAGCUUGCCUGAGGAGCAACGCCGGAUGUUCAUGGAUCGAGGUGGCAGCCGUGAUGCAGAGUGGCGAUCCUGGCAGGACUUUGAUGCAGCUGAGCCGAUCCCGCCGGAUGAGAGUGACUCGAUCCGCGCGGAUAAGGCCAACAUCAUCAUCCCGAUGCGCUGGGUGGAUACCGACAAGAACGACGGGAAGUAUGAUGAGGCCGGAGCCCCUCUGCCGCUGCUCGCGAAGAGCCGCCUGGUCGUGGUGGGCUUUCGCGACCGCCUGCUGGGUAUGUUCAGGCGGGACGCUCCCGCUGCCUCACGGCUGGCGGAGGCGCUGCUCCUGACGCUGGCGGCGGCCAUGGGCAUGACCCUCUCCCUGGGCGACGUCAAGAACGCCUACUUCAACGGGCAGAACCUGCAGCGCGAGGUCUACCUGGAGCAGCCUCGAGGAGGUCUGCCUGGCCUUGCCGCGGGCCAGUUGCUGAGGGCCCGCAAGGCCAUCUACGGCUUUGCUGAGGCAGCAAGGCUCUUCUGGCUAGCGCUGCGUGACGCCUUGCUGUCCGACGGCUGGCUUCAGUCGCGCCUGGAGCCGGCGCUCUUCUACAGGCGCAUGGACGGGCAGCUGAAGGGCAUCGCGGUCUCGCACGUCGACGACGUGCUGGUGGCGAGGAUGAAGGACAUGCAGCUGUCGGACCUCUUGCCGAAGGUCCUGGGUACGUUCCAGUGGAAGUGGAGCGAGCUGCCCUUCACCUUCCGUGGCCGUGAGAUUUCAAGUGAUCCGAGAGGUUUUCUGGUCAAGAUGGUGAACUACGCAACUUCCAUCAAGCCGAUCAAGAUCCCAGCAGGACGAAGGAAGCAGUUGCAGGAGGACCUGAACGAGAACGAGGCGAAGGAGCUGCUGAGGGUAUCUGGUGAGAUCGGCUGGCUAGGUCGACAGUGCCGACUCGACCUGGCCUUCCUCUCAGGCGAGCUGCAGAGGGCCCGAGCGGCCCCGUGCGUGGCAGACCUGGUGAAGGCGAACCUGGCGGUGUCUGAGGCCAAGAAGGGUGCCGAGGUCGCGCUGGUCUACCCGGCCAACCUGAGGCUGUCCAGCGCCGUGAUCGGCGCGGCCGUGGACGCGGGCCACGCGAACGGCCCGGAGCACGACGACAUCGAGCGCUACAAGAGCUGUGGAGGCCACGUGGUGCUCCUCACGACCGACGGCAUCUUGGCCGGACACCAAGCACCAGUGGCAGUGCUGGACUGGAAGAGUGGCAUGACACAGCGUGUGUGCCGCUCAACCUUGGCGGCAGAGGCCAGUCACCUGGCCGAUGCGGUGGAGGCCGUCGACUGGGCGGCAGUGCUGUUCAGAGAGGCUAUGAAUGUCUCAGUGGACUUGCUCAACUGGCAGGGGGAGGUGCAGCGGCUUCCUCGCUUUUGGGCAACGGACGCCAAGUCCGUCUACGACCACCUCACGAAGGAGGGCUCGGCCAAGAGCAAGGACAAGAGGAUGGCCAUCGAGGGUGCCUUGCUCAGAGAGGUACUACGCUGCGAGAACACCCACCUCAGGUGGAUUGAUGGCUCGCAGAACAUAGCAGAUGUGUUGACGAAGCUGGGAGUAGACAAGGUCUACCUCUACAAGGUACUGCGGGAGGCCAAGUGGAGUCUGGUGCAGGACCCGGCGGCAGCGGCGAUCAAGAUGAAGAAGAGUAUGCAACGCGCUAGUCGCAAGACCGCCAUCGACUCGAGGAAGACGGAGAAGAGGCAGCAGGACAAACUCGUGAGAGCUAAUGAGAUGCGGGACAUCGCAGUUU